AUGGAUACGAAGUCAUUCUCAUCACGCAUCAGCGAUCUCGUCAAGUUCCUCUCCUCCGUCCAAGGAGACCUCUCAAAUGUCACUGCACCACCCUCCUUCCUGGCACCAUCGUCAGUGGUCGAGGUCGGCCACUGCUGGUGCCAGCGGCCCGGCGUCUUCGUCGCCCCCGCGCUGGAGUCGGACCCGGAGAAGCGCAGCUUAAAGGUGCUACGCAUGAUCCUCAUCGCCAUGCGGAGCCAAUUCUACGUCGCCGGCGCCCCCAACGUCAGCAUUAAGAAGCCCCUCAACGCCUUCCUGGGCGAGUUGUUCCUGGCGUCGUGGACGGACUCGGACCGCAAAGCCAGGACGGAGCUCGUGGCCGAGCAGGUCAGCCAUCACCCGCCCAUCACGGCGAUGCACAUGGGCAGCAAGGAGCACGGGAUCCGCGCGGACGGGUACGCGCGUGUGGAGAUGACGUUUUCGAGUACUGUGAAUAUUCGGCAGAUUGGGCACGCGGUCCUUCACAUUGACAGGUACAACGAGGAUUAUCUGAUUCCGCUGCCAGAGGUCAAGGUCCGAGGCUUUUUGAAUGCGUGUCUUUACCCCGAGGUGUUGGGAACAUACUACAUCGUUUCCAACACGGGCUAUAUUUCAGAAAUCAAGUUCUCGGGAAGCGGAUUCCUCCGAGGCAAAAAGAACUCAUUCGAGGCGCGAAUGUACCACAAGAACGACAAGAAGAACACAAUCUACGAGCUCCAAGGCUGCUGGAGCGAGGGCUGGACCGUCAAGGACGGAAGGACAGGAGACAUCAUUGAAAGAUACGAGGUGGACGCCUUGGAGAACUUACCGGCACCGAUGGAGAUGGAGCCGAUCCAGAGCCAAGAUCCCUGGGAAUCGAGACGUGCGUGGAACGGCGUUAUCCAAGGGCUCGGCAAGAAUGAUUUCCGCGAGACGGUCAACGCUAAAAGCCAGGUUGAGGAGGCGCAGAGGCGCAUGAGGGCGGAAGAGAAGAAGAAGGGCGAGGCGUGGGAGCCACUGUUUUUCAAGAGUAUCCCGGGCGAGGAGCAUGACGUUUUCCACCGGUUGGCAAAGGGCGUUAAUUGGGAGUUGCACGAUAAGCAUACGAAAGGCGUCUGGAAGAUUGAUGAUUCAAAAAGAGAUUCGUUACAGCGUCCGUUUAGGGGCGAGUUAACACCACUGGGUUGA